UCGACGUGUGCGGAAAGCGGCGGGCGCUUUCCCUUUCUCCGGGGCCCGGCGGCCGCACCAUGCUGGACCCGAGCUCCAGCGAGGAGGAGUCGGACGAAGGCGGGCCGGAGGAGCGGCGCGACGUGCUGCUGCCGCCGGCGGCGGCGGCGGCGGCCGGCGGCGGGGCCCCGCAGCCCGGCCCGGCGCGGGAGGGAUGGCGGCGGGACCCGGCGGGGCGACCGCCCGGAGGCUCCGGCUCGGGCUCGGGCUCCGGCUCCAGCGGCGGCUCCGCCCGGCCGCUCAGCCCCAGCCCCUCGGUGCUCAGCGACGGCCGGGAGGAGCAAGACCAGCUCCAGCAGCAGCAGCAGCAGCAGCAGCAGCAACAGGAGGAGCGCGACCGGCGGCUCCGCCUGCAGCUCUAUGUGUUCAUCGUGCGCUGCAUCGCGCACCCCUUCAACGCCAAGCAGCCCACCGACAUGGCCCGCAGGCAGCAGAAGCUCAAUAAACACCAACUGCAGAUACUGAAGGAUCGUUUCCAGGCCUUUCUCAAUGGGGACACGCAGAUCGUUGCUGAUGAAGCAUUUUGCAACGCAGUCCGCAGCUACUAUGAGGUUUUCCUCAAAAGCGAUCGGGUGGCCCGGAUGGUUCACAGUGGAGGGUGCUCUGCGAGCGACUUCCGAGACGUGUUCAAGAAGAACAUAGAAAAGAGGGUGCGGAGUCUGCCGGAGAUCGACGGAUUGAGCAAGGAGACGGUUUUGAGUUCGUGGAUCGCCAAAUAUGACGCUAUCUCCAAGGGGGAAGAGGACUUGUGCAAGCAGCCCAAUCGGAUGGCACUCAGCGCUGUCUCAGAACUCAUCUUGAGCAAAGAACAACUCUAUGAGAUGUUCCAGCAGAUCCUAGGCAUCAAAAAAUUGGAGCACCAGCUGCUCUAUAAUGCCUGCCAGCUGGAUAAUGCAGAUGAACAAGCAGCCCAGAUCAGACGGGAACUUGAUGGUCGCCUACAACUGGCAGAACAAAUGGCAAAGGAGAGAAAGUCCCCAAAGUUUGUAUCAAAAGAAAUGGAGGGCAUGUAUAUAGAAGAGCUGAGGUCUUCAGUGAAUCUGCUAAUGGCCAAUUUGGAAAGUCUUCCAGUAUCUAAAGGUGGACCGGAAUUUAAAUUGCAGAAGUUAAAGAGAUCACAGAAUUCUGCAUUCUUAGACAUAGGGGAUGAAAAUGAGAUUCAGCUGUCAAAAUCUGAUGUGGUGCUGUCAUUUACUUUAGAGAUUGUGAUAAUGGAGGUGCAAGGUUUGAAGUCAGUCGCUCCCAACAGGAUUGUUUACUGCACAAUGGAAGUGGAGGGAGGAGAAAAGCUUCAGACAGACCAGGCAGAAGCUUCAAGGCCACAGUGGGGUACUCAAGGAGACUUCACCACAACUCACCCUCGACCUAUCGUCAAAGUCAAGCUCUUCACCGAAAGCACUGGAGUCCUUGCCCUGGAAGAUAAGGAGCUGGGAAGGGUGAUUUUGAACCCAACGUCCAAUAGCUCGAAAGCACCAGAGCUGCACAGGAUGGUCGUCCCCAAAAGCAGCCAGGACUCUGACUUGAGAAUCAAGCUGGCAGUGCGCAUGGAUAAGCCACCACACAUGAAGCAUAGUGGAUAUUUGUAUGCUCUUGGACAGAAGGUUUGGAAGAGAUGGAAAAAGCGCUACUUUGUUCUUGUUCAGGUGAGCCAGUACACCUUUGCCAUGUGCAGUUACAGAGAAAAGAAAUCUGAACCUCAAGAACUAAUGCAGCUUGAAGGCUACACCGUGGAUUACACAGACCCUCACACAGGUCUGCAGGGCGGUCGAAUGUUCUUCAAUGCCGUGAAAGAAGGAGACACGGUCAUAUUUGCCAGUGACGAUGACCAGGACAGGAUCCUGUGGGUCCAGGCUAUGUAUAGAGCAACCGGACAGUCAUACAAACCCAUUCCCACUAGUCAAAUCCCGAAGCUAAAUCCCAAAGGAGGAACCCUCCACACCAGCGCUGUUCAACUGAAUACCGAUCGUUCUCAGAAACAUGGCAUGGAUGAGUUUAUCUCUGCUAACCCCUGCAAGUUUGACCAUGCCUCCCUCUUUAGAGUCCUUCAGAGGCAGACUCUGGAUCACAGGCUGAACGAUUCCUAUUCCUGUUUGGGUUGGUUUAGCCCUGGCCAAGUGUUUGUGCUAGAUGAGUACUGCGCUCGUUAUGGGGUCCGUGGCUGCCACAGGCAUCUCUGCUACCUGACGGAACUGAUGGACCACUCAGAAAGUGGAGCAGUCAUUGACCCAACCCUCCUUCACUACAGCUUUGCCUUCUGUGCCUCCCACGUUCAUGGCAACAGGCCUGAUGGCAUUGGAACAGUGUCAAUGGAAGAAAAAGAAAGGUUCGAGGAGAUUAAAGAAAGGCUCUCUUCCCUUUUGGAAAACCAGAUAAGCCAUUUCAGAUACUGCUUUCCCUUUGGACGGCCUGAAGGUGCAUUGAAAGCAACACUUUCAUUACUUGAAAGGGUUUUAAUGAAAGAUAUUGCCACCCCUAUACCCGCCGAAGAGGUGAAGAAAGUGGUCAGAAAGUGUCUAGAGAAGGCAGCCUUGAUCAAUUACACUCGACUUACAGAAUAUGCCAAAAUAGAAGGCCCGGCAGAAAAGGAAGCAGAGAUCAUGAGCCAAGCCACUCCUGCUCGUAAACUAGAAGAGGUUCUUCACCUGGCAGAGCUAUGCAUAGAAGUCUUGCAGCAGAAUGAGGAACAUCAUUCAGAGGGAAGAGAGGCAUUUGCCUGGUGGCCUGACUUAUUGGCUGAACAUGCAGAGAAGUUCUGGUCUUUAUUUACUGUGGAUAUGGAUUCAGCCCUGGAGGCCCAGCCCCCGGAUUCCUGGGAUAGCUUUCCACUUUUCCAACUGCUCAACAACUUCUUGAGGAGUGAUGCCCUCCUGUGCAACGGGAAGUUUCACAAACACUUGCAAGACACCUUUGUGCCCCUGGUGGUCCGCUAUGUCGAUCUAAUGGAAUCCUCCAUCGCCCAGUCCAUCCAUAGAGGUUUCGAGCAGGAGACGUGGCAGCCCGUCAAGAACAUCGCCAACAGCCUCCCCAAUGUAGCUCUUCCAAAAGUUGCAAGUUUGCCUCUUAACCUCCCACAGAUACCUAGCUUUUCUACACCAUCCUGGAUGGCUUCUUUAUAUGAUUCCACCAAUGGGUCGGCCUCAUCAGAAGACCUUUUUUGGAAACUGGAUGCCCUGCAAGUGUUUGUCUUUGACCUGCACUGGCCAGAACAGGAAUUUGCCCACCAUUUAGAGCAGAGACUUAAACUCAUGGCCAGUGAUAUGAUCGAGGCCUGCGUCAAAAGAACAAGAAUUGCAUUUGAACUCAAGCUGCAAAAGGCAAGCAAAACAACUGACUUGCGCAUUCCUGUCUCUAUGUGUACCAUGUUCAAUGUGCUGGUGGAUGCCAAGAAGCAAAGCACCAAGCUCUGUAUUCUGGAUGGAGGGCAAGAGUUUGGUAGUCAGUGGCAACAGUACCAUUCGAAAAUUGAUGAUUUGAUUGACGAUACGGUGAAGGAAGUCAUUUCUCUCCUAGUUUCAAAGUUGGUUUCUGUGUUAGAAGGGGUGCUGUCCAAACUGUCCAGGUAUGAUGAAGGCACUUUCUUUUCAUCCAUUCUGUCAUUUACGGUAAAAGCAGCUGCAAAGUAUGUGGAUGUUCCAAAACCAGGAAUGGAUCUCGCGGAUACCUACAUUAUGUUCGUCCGGCAAAACCAGGAUAUUCUCCGAGAAAAGGUCAAUGAGGAAAUGUAUAUAGAAAAGUUGCUUGAUCAAUGGUAUAGCAGUUCCAUGAAACUCAUUUGUGUGUGGUUGGCUGAUAGAUUAGACCUCCAGCUUCACAUCUACCAACUGAAGACUCUCAUCAAGAUAGUGAAGAAAACCUACAGAGAUUUCAGGUUGCAAGGAGUCCUGGAAGGAACACUGAACAGUAAAACUUACGAUACUCUUCAUAGCCGUUUAACUGUGGAGGAAGCCACAGCCUCCGUUUCUGAUGGUGGGGGACUUCAGGGCAUCACAAUGAAAGACAGUGACGAAGAAGAUGAAGGGUGAAGUGAAAGGGAUUUCUCCAUUAGGGACAUAGCAUUGUUUAUUUUGUAACUUGUCCUCGUAAUUGUGUUUGUUUUAACCAGGUACAAACAAUUGUAAUUCAUUCCACAUUUGUCUUUCCCCCCCAAAAAAAUAAUGAAGUAGGGUUAGAGGCUGGAGGCUUGGGGAGGAGCAAUGUGUUUAUCCUCUCUCAAUGUCUUGGUUUAAGACUGAGAGAAUCUGAGGGUUCAGAUUCUGGCUCCAUCUGUGCUUGAGAUAUGUACCUUUUUCUUUAAAGCGAGUUGUCAUUUAUUUCUGUAAACCCAUCUACUGGUGAUGUCUUGUGCAUAAAAUGAAAUGUAUCUCAUUCUACAAACUUUAUGGAAAAUUAUUCUUUAAAAAUACACGUUAUCACUGUGCCGAAUAUUCAGUGCCCUUGUUUUUAAAAGAAAGUGUACUUUCAGAUUUAUACCCUGUUGUUAAUUUGUCAUGAUUGUGAUGUGCAUUAAACUUUAAUCUUGGUUCGUAAUGCUCGAAGUAUUUUAGUGGACUCAUCAGGGCCAUCAAAUAUAUCCACACACGACUGGAGAGCCUGUGUCAUUUCAUUCAGAGCCCAUCUUGGCAAAUUUUAAGGAAAUUGAACAUGACACCAACAUACCAAACAAUUCUUUUUAUGUGUGCAACAGCAAGAGUUUGCAGGCAAUAAGAAUUCAUUUUGUCAUGACCAUUUAUGUAUGUAUUUAUUUGUAUAGAAUUCAAAAUAAAAGAUGUUUUCAAUAUUUCAAACACUCCAA